UCCGGGCCGGCUGGGCCGGGGUGGCGGGCGAGAUGGCGGAAGGCCGAGGCUGCCGUGAGCGACCGGAUGUAGAGACCCAGAAGUCUGAGCUCGGGGCUUUGAUGAGGACCACGCUCCAACGAGGGGCGCAAUGGUAUCUUAUUGACAGCAGGUGGUUCAAGCAAUGGAAGAAGUAUGUGGGCUUUGAUAGCUGGGAUAUGUAYAAUGUGGGUGAACAUAACCUGUUUCCUGGACCGAUAGACAACUCAGGACUCUUCUCAGAUCCUGAGAAUCAGACCUUGAAAGAACACUUAAUUGAUGAACUGGACUAUGUCUUGGUCCCAACUGAGGCCUGGAAUAAAUUACUAAAUUGGUAUGGCUGUGUAGAGGGCCAGCAGCCUAUUGUCAGAAAAGUUGUGGAGCAUGGCCUAUUUGUCAAGCACUGCAAAGUGGAGGUAUAUUUGCUGGAACUGAAGCUCUGUGAGAACAGCGACCCCACCAAUGUGCUGAGUUGCCAUUUCAGCAAGGCAGACACCAUUGCAACCAUCGAGAAGGAGAUGCGGAAGCUGUUCAACAUCCCAGCGGAGCGUGAAACACGGCUCUGGAACAAAUACAUGAGCAACACCUACGAGCAGUUGAGCAAACUAGACAACACUAUCCAAGAUGCUGGGCUCUACCAGGGUCAGGUGCUAGUAAUUGAGCCCCAAAAUGAAGAUGGCACAUGGCCCAGGCAGACCCUGCAGUCGAAAUCAAGCACUGUGCCUAGCAGAAAUUUUACUACCUCUCCAAAAUCAUCAGCAAGUCCCUAUUCCUCAGUGUCUGCCUCUCCCAUUGCAAAUGGUGAUAGCACUAACACCUCUGGGAUGCACAGUUCCGGUGUCAGCAGGGGUUGUCAGGAGCCCCCAUCAUCUCAUAUACAUCCUGGGCUAUGCGGACUUGGAAACCUGGGGAACACCUGCUUCAUGAACUCUGCUUUGCAGUGCCUAAGCAACACUGCACCACUGACUGACUACUUUCUCAAAGAUGAAUAUGAAGCAGAAAUCAACAGAGACAAUCCUCUGGGCAUGAAAGGGGAGAUUGCAGAGGCCUAUGCAGAGCUCAUUAAGCAGAUGUGGUCUGGAAGGGAUGCUCACGUGGCACCUCGAAUGUUCAAAACCCAAGUGGGACGUUUUGCCCCUCAGUUUUCUGGCUACCAACAACAAGACUCUCAGGAGCUGUUAGCCUUUAUUCUAGAUGGAUUGCAUGAAGACCUGAACCGAGUAAAGAAGAAACCUUACCUGGAGCCAAAGGAUGCCAAUGGGCGACCAGAUGCGGUGGUGGCAAAGGAAGCCUGGGAGAAUCACAGGUUGAGGAAUGAUUCUGUGAUUGUGGACACUUUUCAUGGCCUUUUCAAAUCUACUUUGGUUUGCCCAGAAUGUGCGAAGGUUUCUGUCACCUUUGAUCCAUUUUGCUACCUAACUCUUCCACUACCCAUGAAGAAGGAUCGAAUAAUGGAGGUCUUCCUUGUUCCUGCUGACCCUUGCUGCAGACCAACUCAGUACCGUGUGACUGUGCCACUGAUGGGGGCCGUCUCUGACCUGUGCGAGGCUCUGUCCAGGCUGUCUGGCAUUGCUGCAGAAAAUAUGGUGGUCACAGAUGUGUAUAAUCACCGGUUCCACAAAAUUUUCCAAAUGGAUGAAGGUUUAAGCCACAUCAUGCCUCGGGAUGACAUUUUUGUGUAUGAGGUCUGCAGCACCUGCGUGGAUGGCUCGGAAUGUGUCACGCUUCCAGUCUAUUUCAGGGAGAGGAAGUCUAGACCAUCGAGUACUUCCUCUGGGGCAGUACUAUAUGGGAGGCCACUGUUGGUUUCUGUUCCCAAGCACAAGCUGACUUUUGAGUUUUUGUACCAGGCUGUUUGUGAUCGGAUCAGCCGCUAUAUAAAACAGCCUUUGCCUGAUGAGUUUAGCCUCUUGCCCUUGGAGCCUGGGGCUUGCAAUGGCUCCAGGGGCAGCUGUGAAGGAGAUGAUGAAGAAGAAAUGGAGCAUCAGGAAGAAGGCAAAGAACAUCUUUCAGAAACAGAAGGUAGUGGGGAAGAUGAGCUAGGAGGUGACCCCAGUGAGACUACUCAAAAGGUCAAGGGCCAACCCUGCCCCAAAAGACUUUUUACCUUCAGUCUUGUGAACUCCUAUGGAACAGCUGACAUAAAUUCACUUGCAACUGAUGGAAAACUACUCAAACUCAACUCUCGAUCCACACUGGCCAUCGACUGGGACAGUGAAACCCGGAGCCUUUACUAUGAUGAACAAGAAUCUGAGGCCUACGACARGCACAUGAGCAUGCUGCAGCCUCAGAAGAAGAAGAAGACUGCAGUGGCCCUGAGAGACUGCAUUGAACUCUUCACCACCAUGGAGACCCUUGGGGAGCAUGACCCCUGGUACUGUCCCAAUUGUAAGAAGCACCAGCAGGCCACAAAGAAGUUUGACCUGUGGUCCUUGCCCAAGAUCCUGGUAGUCCAUCUCAAACGUUUCUCCUACAACAGAUACUGGAGGGAUAAGCUUGAUACAGUUGUGGAAUUCCCAGUCAGAGCUCUGAACAUGUCUGAGUUUGUCUGUGACUUGUCAGCAAGGCCUUACGUGUAUGACCUCAUUGCUGUGUCUAAUCACUAUGGAGCCAUGGGGGUUGGCCACUACACUGCAUAUGCAAAAAACAAACUAAAUGGAAAAUGGUAUUACUUUGAUGAUAGCAACGUGUCCCUGGCCUCUGAGGACCAAAUUGUGACAAAAGCCGCUUAUGUGCUGUUCUACCAGCGACGGGAUGAUGAGUGUUAUAAGACACCUUCACUCAUCAAUUUUCCUGGUUCCUCUGAUGGAGGGACCAGGCCAAGCAGCUCACAGCAAGGUUUGGGGGAUGAUGAGGCUUGCAGCAUGGAUACCAACUGAUGCUGACUCAGCGACCCUGCCUCUCCACAGAACCCAGCAUCCCCCAGGAGAAUGUCUUUGGCACUUGGAAAACUGCUUGUGUUCAAUUUAAAAAGCCAGAUGAGGAAAUUCCCUUCUUUUUUGAGCAGAAGACAAAAAAAGACCCUGUUUGCUUAGAAGGAUUGUCAAGAGCCUGAAUUAUUUUUCUUUUUAAACAGGCGGUGAGAUAAAGCCUGUGGAACUGAAAGUGGGAGGUGGGUGGGGGUGCACAAUGGAGUAUGUCUGAUGGAUUCCAAAGAAUGGAGACAAACACACUGUAAUUGAAGGGUGCAGCCAUGAAGACCCACUUGCAGGGCUGCUGUGAGCUCCUGGAUAUCUGGUUCUGGUACCCAUACUGGUCACCCCAGUAGUCUGGCCACAGUAAACCGAGCCUCAAGUAAACUUGAUGUUGUCCAUUU